AUGUCUGCUUUACUUAAAGAAACAUUUGCCAGAUGCAAAAAGGAAGGACGCAAUGCCUUAGUUAAUUUUAUCACUGCUGGGUUCCCUACCAUUGACGAUACCAUUCCUAUUUUACAGAACAUGCAAAAUGCCGGUGUUGAUAUCAUUGAAUUAGGUGUUCCAUUUUCUGAUCCUAUUGCUGACGGUCCUACCAUUCAACAAGCCAACAAUGUUGCCUUAGAUAACGGAAUCACUGUUCCUAAAUGUUUAGAAUUAUUAUCUCAAGCCAGAAAUCAAGGUGUCACCGUACCAAUUAUUUUAAUGGGGUAUUAUAAUCCAAUUUUGAAAUAUGGUGAACAGAAAUUUUUGAAAGAUGCAGAAGAAGCUGGUGCCAAUGGGUUUAUUGUGGUCGAUUUACCUCCCGAAGAAGCAAUUAAAUUUAGAACCGAAUGUACCAAAUAUGGAUUAUCUUAUGUUCCAUUAGUUGCUCCUGCUACUUCAAAUGAAAGAUUGAAAAUUUUAGGAGAAAUUGCCGACUCAUUUAUUUAUGUUGUUUCUAAAAUGGGUACCACUGGUGCUUCAACUAAAGUUUCAACGGGGAUCCAAGAAUUAUGUGAUAGAGUGAGAAAAUAUGCCGGACCGGAUACUCCAUUAGCCGUUGGCUUUGGGGUUUCCACUAGAGAACAUUUUUUGACCGUUGGUGAAGUUGCCGAUGGUGUAGUUAUUGGAUCGAAAAUUAUCACUUUGAUUGGUGAUUCCAAACCAGGCGAAAGAGGUAAAGUUGCUUAUGAUUACGUCCAAUCUAUUUUGGGAAAUGAUUUCAAACCUACUUAUCCUAAAACAUUUGAAAGAAAUAACAAUAACCAAGCUAAGGAAACUAAACCAGUUUUGGAAGAGAAUCAUAAAUACAAUCCAAGAUUUGGUGAUUUCGGUGGUCAAUAUGUCCCUGAAGCAUUACAUACAUGUUUAGCUGAAUUAGAAAAAGGGUUUGAAGAUGCCGUUGCUGAUCCUGAAUUUUGGAAAGAAUUUAGAGAUUUAUAUUCAUACAUUGGAAGACCAUCAUCUUUACACAGGGCAGAAAGAUUAUCUGAACAUGCAGGUGGAGCACAAAUUUGGUUGAAAAGAGAAGAUUUGAAUCAUACUGGUUCUCAUAAAAUCAACAAUGCCUUGGCUCAAGUUUUAAUUGCCAAGAGAUUAGGUAAAAAGAAAAUCAUUGCUGAAACUGGUGCUGGUCAACAUGGUGUUGCCACUGCUACUGCUUGUGCCAAGUUUGGAUUGGAAUGUACGGUAUUUAUGGGAGCUGAAGAUACUAGACGUCAAGCAUUAAAUGUUUUCAGAAUGAAAAUUUUGGGUGCUAAUGUUGUCCCUGUAAAAAAUGGGACUCAAACUUUAAGAGAUGCCACCUCUGAAGCUUUUAGAUUUUGGGUAUCCAAUUUAGAAACUACUCAUUACGUUGUUGGAUCAGCAAUUGGUCCUCAUCCAUAUCCUACUUUGGUUAGAACUUUCCAAAGUGUUAUUGGUCAAGAAACUAAAGAACAAUUCAAAGCUUUAAACAAUGGGAAAUUGCCCAAUGCAGUUGUUGCUUGUGUUGGUGGUGGAUCCAAUUCCACCGGUAUGUUCUCUCCUUUCGAAAAUGAUAAAGAAGUUAAAUUAUUAGGGGUUGAAGCUGGUGGUGAUGGUUUGGAUACUGAACGUCACUCUGCUACUUUAACAGCCGGUAUUCCUGGUGUUUUCCAUGGGGUUAAGACUUAUGUUUUACAAGAUAAUGACGGUCAAGUUCAUGAUACUCAUUCUGUAUCUGCCGGAUUGGAUUAUCCUGGUGUUGGUCCAGAAUUGGCUUAUUGGAAGAGUAUUGGUAGAGCUGAGUUUGUUGCUGCUACUGAUGCACAAGCUUUGGAAGGGUUCAGAUUAUUAUCGCAAUUGGAAGGUAUUAUUCCUGCUUUGGAAAGCUCUCAUGCUAUUUAUGGUGCUAUUGAAUUGGCUAAAACAAUGUCUAAAGACCAACAUAUUGUUAUUAACGUAUCUGGUAGAGGUGAUAAAGAUGUUCAAUCAGUUGCUGAAGUAUUGCCUAAAUUGGGUGAACAAAUUGGCUGGGACUUGAGAUUUGAAGAAGAUCCUUCAAAAGCUUAG